AUGCGAUGCGCGAACAAGGCCGCCGAGAGCGCGUCUGCACGUCUCCGUACAAACGCCGAAGUAGAAACCGCUGCAACCGAUGUCUCAUCGGUUGCUAAAGCGUCUCAGUCUGUGUCACUUGGUGAUGCAGGCGCUGGUCAUGAAGACACUCACGUCUUCACAGAGUAUGAGCUCGGUGUCUCAUACUCUCCUGAUACGGAAGACGGAUCCGUAUCGACGGCGAUCGAAUCCAAGCCGCCUGCCAAGCGUGGCAUGGAUGAUGCUAUGUCGUCUUAG